CCGUCUUCCUCAUUUUUAUCACGGUCGGCGGCGCGACAGUGGAGUAGUAUGCACGUGAGAGAUGCGUGUCAUUUGACACAUGAUUUAUAGCAGGGCUGUAUGCAUAUUUAAAGUUGAAUGCAACAACGUAUUCCCAGAAGCAGCAUUAUAUUGUUAGUGAUAUAAUAUGGAGGAAGACUUUCAUUUCGAUAGCAACGUAUCUGGUGAUGUGCACCGUACCACAGAACUGAGGAUUUUACUGCUGGGCAAUAAAGCAUCUGGCAAGAGUUCAUCUGGAAACACCAUUCUGGGCAAACAAGAGUUUAGUGUUAAAAGCGCUCAAUGUGUUAAACGAUGUGGAGAAGUAGAAGGAAGGAGGGUAACUGUGGUUGAAGCUCCAGGCUGGUGGAGAAAUUAUCUUAUCAAGGAUACACCAGCACUACAUACGGAAGAAAUUGUACUUAGUGCAUCUCUGUGUUCUCCUGGACCCCAUGCAGUGCUGAUAGUUGUGCGAUUGGACUCAGACUUCACUGAAAUAAAUAGAAAUGCUCUUGAGGAGCGCCUUCAACUUUUGGGUAUGGAAAUUUGGAAUCACUGUAUACUGCUGUUUACCCACGGGGACAGUCUGAAGGACACAAAAAUCGAGGAGCACAUUAAAAACGAAGGACGGCCUCUUGAAUGGAUCAUUGCAAGUUGUAAGAAAAGAUACCAUAUUUUUGACAAUGAGAAUAGAAGAGACAACAUACAGGUGAAAGAGUUGCUGCAGAAAAUUGAAGAGAUGGUGGCAAAAAACAGUGGUCGUCAUUUUGAGGUAGAAUAUGGGAUUUUAUAUGACAUGCAGUGGAGGAGAAAUGCAGAAGUUGACAGGGCAAAAGAAAGACUUAUGGCUGUGAAAAAACACUGGGAAGACAUUUCUUAUCUUACAGGUCAAAUACAAUCAGAAUUGAGAAUUGUUCUUGUAGGCCACAGAUAUUCAGGAAAGAGCGCAGCAGGAAAUACAAUCUUGGGCAGACAGGAGUUUGAUUUAGUCCGAAGUUUUCAGGGUGUGUUAAGGCACGGACAAGUGGCUGGGAGGCAGGUCACGGUUGUGGAGGCCCCAGGCUGGUGGAACAAUUAUCUCUCGAGGGAUUCACCUGAACUGUACAAACAAGAAUUUGUUUUAAGUGUGUCUCUAUGUCCACCAGGACCCCAUGUUUUUCUUGUGGUCAUAAGAGUAGAUGGCUCUUUUACCACAAGAAAUGGAAGAGCUUUUAAGGAACACCUUGAGCUUCUUACCGAAAAAGUCUGGAACCACACAAUGGUGUUGUUUACUUAUGGAGACUGGCUUGGAGACACCACAAUUGAGCAGCACAUUGAAAGUGAGGGGCAAGCUCUGAAGCGUCUUUUAGAUAACUGUGACAAUCGAUAUCAUCUUCUCAAUAGCAAUGACACGAGUAACGACUCUCAGGUCACAGAGUUGCUAGAAAAGAUUGAGAAGAUGGCGUCCAGAAAUGGUGGCCUUCAUUACGAGUUCGAUCAAGCGUUUCUAAAACAGAUAGAGGAGAAAAAGAGACAAACUCAAGAAUGCGCAAAGCAACGAAUGAUAAAAGCAAAAAUCGAGGCAGAAACUCAAGUUUUGAUGGGUGAUGCACGCUUUCUCCCGGAGCUGAGAAUUUUGCUGCUGGGGCUUCUAUAUUCUGGAAAGAGUUCAGCGGGAAAUACAAUAUUAGGCCAUGAGGAGUUUGUUGCAAUACCAAGUGUACAGUGUGUCACACAGAGAUCGGUAGGAAAGAGACACGUGACACUGGUUGAAGCUCCUGGAUGGUGGAUAGCGGCUACAUUAAAUAAAAAGGAGAUUGUGCACAGUGUGAAGUUAUGUUCUCCGGGUCCCCAUGCCUUGCUUCUGGUCAUACAAGCAGACACCUCAUUCACAGAAGAAAAAAAACGUGUUAUCGACCAGCACAUGGCAAAUCUGGGUGAAAGUGUGUGGAAUUACACCAUUGUGUUGUUCACGUGUGGAGACUGGUUGGGUGACAUUACCAUCGAGCAGCACAUUGAAAGUGAAGGCAUGGCCCUUCAGUGUCUGUUGGAGACAUGUAGGAACAGGUAUCAUGUUUUUAAAAACUUGAUAAAAGGUGAAGACACUCAGGUCAUGGAGUUGCUGGAGAAGAUAGAGGAGAUGGUAAACGAGAACGGCGGCCAUUUUCCCCACAUUCCAGACCACACCAGGGACUUUUCUAAAUCAUGUGUAUAUAGGAACACUUUGUGGAGACCUGAUAUUUAUAUCCGGGACAAUGAAAGUAUGCAUCACCCACCAACAAUUGGUGCCGACAGAUCUUUACCUAGCUCAGAUUAUGACUCGUUCUCACGUUCUGGAUUCAGUCACAGUGGAUUACUAUCCUUAUCACUGAGCUCUGGGAUUGGUUCACUAAGAGCGCGACGGCUCAAAGCUUAUCAGAACAAGAGAGCAGAAGAAGACAGAUGCAGUAUACCUUCAAAAACAAGUAGAGAGGAAGUAGAUGAACAAGUUUGAUACUGUUAUUGAAACUGGCCUGGCAACCGUAAGGAUAGAUUAAAGGGACACUAAGUAGAAUUUACCCCAUGUAGUGGUGAAAUUGUAUUUUGCAUUCAAACGAAUAGUGCUCUCUCGCGCCUCGCUUUUCCAAAUUCGUGUUGCAAGUACGGUAGCCGUUAUGUACUCACUGAUCUGCUUGUCCGUUUCAGCUAGUUCACGGGUUCUGAAUGAAAACGCGUUGUGGAAACGCGUCGGUAAGCUAGUGCUUUUUGUCCCUCUCUAUUUAAUAAAAUAACUCCGCUAUUUUAUUUGAUCAAUACGGCAGAACGACAUGGAAGCUUCCUUGGACUUACCCGUUCACUGUAAGUAAAGGGAAGAAAUUCCAAGCUUACAAAGAAAAGUCAGUUCACUGGCUGAGGUCAAUGGACACCAGUGUGUUUAUUUAUGAAUAAGGACAUUGAUUUUGAUGAAUAAAACACUUAAAAUCCUUACAGUCCAUUUAAAGAGAAAAAAAGGAAAAUUCUGUCAUUAUGAACUAUCCCUUUAAUGUGGCUUAAAGAGUUUUGAUCUGGGUCUAUCUGUGUGUUUUAAAGAUGUUUCUACACAAGAACUACAAUGGUUAUUGGAUAUGGUAAAAAUUUAGUAAUUAAAAAAAAUGUUAACAGCCUUUAUUUUUUUUUGCAUAUAAAUUUACAUUGUGAAUUUAUGCUUUGGUAAAGAUUAAUAUGUCAGUUUUACAAGUAUUGUGCUUCUGGUAUUUUUUUGUUUUGUUUGAUGUGUUACAUACUGUGUUGUAAAAAAGGGAUUUCAAUAUGGAAUAUUUUGGAUGUUAAUUUUAUCGAAUCAUGGCUUCAUGUUUGUGAAACAUUUACAUUUUUAUAAUUGUUGUUAUAAAAUGAAUGUUAUUGCAUUAUUUUUAUUUAUUUAUUUAUCACCUCCAGCCACUUCAGUGAUAAACCUUAAAUUGUAUUCUUAAAUAAAUAAAAUGAGGCUUUUAGACCCAAAAUUCCAGUUAUAUUCAUUUGAAGCUGCACAUCAACUUUUCACCCCUUACUCCUUAAGUUUUUUUUGUUGCUGUUACAAUAAGGUCACACGCAUACUUGCAAAACAGUGACACAAACCAGUUUAACUAGCUUUAUAUCUACAAGAAAACAUGAAUGUAUUCUGUCUGUCUUCUAACUUGUAACACUGUAAAAAUUCCUUGUUGCACUUACAUUUGAAAUUACAAAUAAUUUGUACACUUUCUUGACUGGUGAGGUGUUGUGUAAUCAAUAAUUAAAAAAUAAAGUGCUAAUACAACUUUAUUUUAUAAAUUAUAGGAACUCCUCACUAGUCAAGAAGCUGAAAUGAAUUGAUUGAAUUGAAAAGUUGAUUAAACUUUAACAUUUAAGUGCAACAAGGAAGAUGAAAUUCCCGAUCCUCUUUUGUUAAAAUAUUAUUCCUGUGU